AUGCCUUCCGUCUCUAGAACCACCAAGUCGCCCAAGUCGGCUCUCAGAAGAAAGUCCAACCACAAGUUCACCAUCGACUGCACUGCCCCAGGUGGAAAGAUCCUCGAUGUCGCCUUGUUCGAGAAGUUCCUCCACGACAAGAUCAAGGUCAAGGGAAAGGCCGGAAACCUCGGUAACGAUGUCACCAUCACCCGUGAGAAGUCCAAGAUCGUCGUCCAGGCCACCAUCCCAUUUCUCCAAGAGAUACUUGAAGUACCUCACCAAGAAGUUCUUGAAGAAGAAGCAGAUCCG